CGCGCCAAUCGACAAAAUCCGCCGUGAGCAAUGCACUUCCGCGCCAGGUUGGUGCUCAAAGUCGACAGCAAGCUCAAGCAGUCCAAGAAGCUGUACGACCUGGUCGUCGAGGACGACUCAGUAUGCUUUAAAGACCCAGGAACGUUCCAGCGGUCAUUUCCAAGGCCCGACAGGGUUGUCGUGGGGAAGCUCGUUGCCCGAAUCCAGAAAGGAUCGCGGUACUUUCUGUGCCGGUUUCCCGACCGUGCGAGUUUGCUUCGAUGUGUCUCCAAGCUUGGCGAGAUGGGGGCUGCAAUCGUUGACUACUUUGACCUCAUGCACCAGGACAGCACGAAGCAAGCACAACUCGCGUAUUGCAACGACUACAUGACAUCUUCAGCACAACUCGAACGCGAUGCACGCGACGUCCAGCGCAGCUUGCACGCUGCAUUAUUCGAUCCUGCUCGUUAAGUUAAGCUGCAUCUACAACACUCCAAUCUCACAAUGCGAUGCUGUCCAUGGCGCCGUCGGGUGGUGUGUACGUCGACUCCUGUGUGUACGUGUUGUAGUAAAAGUAGACUUGGUACGUGUCGUCCCAGUACUGCAUCCAACCAUU